AUGAGGGUGCGAGGCUACGAGUGUGAUGAUGACGAGGAUGAGUGUAGUAGUGAUGCUGAUGAGUAUGACGAUGGUUGGAUGAUAAUAACAGUGAGUGUAAUAGUGAUCCUUCGAAUCUAUGCUCAUGCUUCUGUGAGUAGUUUGAAGAAAUUAGGUUUGAUCUUGGUCAAUAGACAUUUACACAGGAUGUGUGGGUCAACAUACACGAGUUUAUUGUGUUUCCACAAGUUGGUUCUCUUCGAUUUAGUUGGUGAAGUUCUUCGUGUAGAAGAAUUUAAUCCAUUGGAUAAUGUUUUCGGUGGAAAGGGAUUGUUCGCUGCAGGAGUGUCGUGUUUGAUUUUUGUGAUGAGAGGUAUUUCAAUGUCCUUUUUGUAUUUUAUUUUGUGUUUUUUGUGUUUAAGAUUUUUAAGGUUAUUACAAUGACAGUGAUUCAGUCUAUACAUGUGGUCCUUGCAAAGAUUAUAUGUGGUUAGGGGAAAUAUUGAACAAGGAUACAUCUAGGUUUAAACUAAUCUUUUCACUAUGUUGUGGGCAAUGAAAAGUGAAUCUACCUCGACUCAAAGCUCCACCGAACACAUUGCUUUUCUUUCAUAUACAACAAUAAUGAAAUAAGAAAACAUUUUCGGAAAAAUAUAAGAACCUAUAACAUGUGUUUUUGUUCACUUCUCUUGGUGGUAAUAAUGAUCAUUCUGGCAAAGGUCCCUAUCUGGUAUAGGUGAUAUACUAUCCCAGGAUGGUGAAUCACUGGCGUUUCUCCA